GCUGCCUAUGAGACUAAACGUCUAGUCGCUACACGAAGAUGAAAACGACUUUGGUUACGCUCACCGCUGCCUUCUCGAUGUGGGUUCUCCACGCUAAGGCUCAACGUUGUCCUGACGACCAGUUUUUCUGUGGUUCGACUGGGACGUGUUUACCUCGAACAGCCGUACCUAACGCAGUGCUCGAGUGCAGCAGUGGAUCCAACGAAGACCGCUGCGACAACUGUCCUGAUGGGUUUCCCUGCAAAAACGGAGAAAGCGUAGAGAAAGGAUUGACUUGCGAUGAGAAGUUCCACUGCUCUGAUGCUCAAGACCAGCUGAAAGACUGCCUAGAGCCCAAAUGUGACGAAGAUGAGUUUUUGUGCGAGCCAAUGAGAAAAUGUUUGCCAAAAGAGUUCGUCUGCGAUUUUCGUGUGGACUGUCCCGAUGAAUCCGACGAAGUCGACUGCGAAACUCGUCCGUGCUAUGGCUUCAAGUGCAGGAACUACAAGUGCGUAGCGAACCUGUUCAAGUGCGAUGGCGAGGACGACUGUGGAGACCAAUCAGAUGAAGAGAACUGUGAUGGAGACAGAUGUGGUGAGGAGCAGUUUAUGUGCGCAAACCGGGAUUGCGUUAACGCAGCUUAUAGGUGCGAUGGUGACAGUGACUGCAAUGAUGAAUCAGACGAGGAAGGUUGCCCGCUUCCAGAGUGCGACGAUGAGAGAUUGCUAUGCAAACCCACGAGGGGCUGCCUCUACCACAAAGAUAUUUGUGACUUCAAGCAAGACUGUCCCGACGGGUCUGACGAAGAGAACUGCGAACAUUACGACUGUGGCGCUGACAGCUUCAAGUGUGCCAAUUACAAGUGCAUCCGGUUUGCAUUCAAAUGCGAUGGUGAAGAUGAUUGUGGAGAUGGUUCUGACGAGAGGGGCUGCUCCCUUCCAGAUUGCUCGGAAGCACAAUUGCUUUGCGAACCUCGAAAUAAAUGUUUAGACAAAUAUGAAGUUUGUGACCUCCAAGAAGACUGCCCCGAUGGUUCUGAUGAACUUGACUGCGAGAACUACGAGUGCGAUGGAUUCAAGUGUAACAAUAAUAUGUGCAUCAGACAUGAUUAUAUCUGUGAUGGAGUAGAUGACUGCGGUGAUCGUUCAGAUGAGACAGGAUGUUCACACUAAGUUGAUUGAGCUGAUUGUUCGCCAAAGGUGUCGUGGUAAUUGAGAAAAUGAGGGAAAUGAUUUCGUGGAACAGAAUUUGUGCAACUUUUAUUUGUCAUAGCCACAUUUGCUCUGGGUAAAAAUACCCGACUUUUUCAUUAAAAUCAACUGGAAUGCUUU